AUCGCUUUGCAGGCUGUAAAAACCUCCGGGCCUGAGUUUGCUGAGCCUGGGGCUGAAGGAGGGCAGGGCGAGAAGGGCCGAGUGCCCCCGGGUGAGGAUGCAGGGCACGAGGAAGGGAUGCGGCACCCGCGGCACCCCGGGCUGAGGGAAAGCCCUGCUCCUGCGGGGCAGGGACAGCACAGGCACAGGCUCACCCUCCCUCGGGGACAGAGGGGUCACAGCAGCCCAGCAGCCUGGCUCUGUCAUGUUUAGGACAGGAAACAGAUGCUGCCUGGUGAGGAAGCACCUGAAGAGUAUCGGAGCACCUCGUGCCUGCCCCGGCAGGAACCUGAUGAGAACAGGGGGUACGGGGCGGAACCCCCCGAUCCGGCCCCCGCUGGGCUCGGUGGCAUCGCCCUCGGACACAGCGUCCCCGGGGACACGCACCUGCCUUUGGAGGAAAAGGGAUGGGCAGACCCAGAGCUGUUAAAGUUGAGCGCUGCUGCAAACUCCCCUUGCUCAGGGGCUGCUCCAUCCUCCAGCUCCGGCUGCCCGGUCCAGCCGGGCUGGGCGCCCUCACAGGGUGGAGCCCCUGCUCCAGCACCCGCCCCUGCCUUUACAGCUCGGCUUUCUGUCCCGUGACCCUGCUCUGAUUUGAUUGGAAAUUAAUUUUUUCCCAUUCAAGUGUGCUCUGCCCAUGCUGGUAAUGUCAGAGUGACCUCACCCUGUCCUUACCUUCGCCCAGGAGCUUUUCCUUUUUGAAUGCAGCUCCCUUCAACCCCCCUGAGCUGCCCAGUUCUGAUAGGGACUGGAGAGAUUAACCGGGGUGAUAAGUGGCAGCUUUGCAGCCAACUGAUGUUGACAUUUUUGCCCUUCUAAAACGGCUUGAAAGAGGAACCUGUAAAACUAUUUCUUUGUAAGCUGCUGGUAAGAAGGACCGUGGAAGCUUUCCCACGUUUUCCCUUCAGAACAGCUUCCCAAGGCCCUCUGCUGACUCGAGGCUGCUGAAGGGGAGCAGUGAGCUUCACGAGGGGUCUCCAGGGAGGGGGAUGGCUCCUGGAUGCUGAGAUCAGUGCCGAGGACAUGGAAUGGCACCGAGGUUUGGAUGCUGGACAAUCCCUGGAAGACGCCAGCCACAGGCACUGAAGGUCCCACACGCGGCCAUCGAUGCCCACAUUUCCUGUCACAGCUGCAGCCAGGGCAGCGCAGCCGCAGCAGCAGCAGCAGCAGCAGCAGCAGCAGCAGCAGCAGCAGCAGCAGCUCACCAUGCCCAACAGCAGCGUGGCCCUGAGCAGCCUGGACGGGAUCUACAUCGGCGCCGAGUGCCUGCUGGCUGUGCUGGCCACGCUGGGGAACGUGCUGGUGGUGUGCGUGGUGCGGCUGAACGCGGCGCCGCGGAACGCCACGCUGCGCUUCAUCGCGUCCCUGGCGCUGGCCGACGGCGCCGUGGGGCUCCUGGUGGUGCCCCUGGCAGUGGUGGUGAGCCUGGGCAUGGCCCUGCCCGCCUCCGGCUGCCUCCUCAUGUGCUGCCUGAUGCUGGUGUUCACCAACGCCUCCAUCCUGUCCCUCCUGGCCAUCGCCAUCGACAGGUACCUGCGAGUCAAGCUGCCCACCAGAUAUAAAAUCAUCACUACGGAGAGGAGAGUCUGGUGGGCGCUGGGGCUGUGCUGGUCCCUGUCCCUGCUGGGAGGGCUCGUGCCCAUGCUGGGCUGGAGCAGGGCAGACCCCAGGAGCUCCAGCUCGCUCCAGUGCCGCUUCCUCGCCGUGAUGAGCAUGGAUUUCAUGGUGUACUUCUGCUUCUUCACGUGCACCCUCGUGCCCCUGCUCAUCAUGUGUGCCCUGUACGCCGAGAUCUUCUACAUCCUCCACACAAAGCUCAGCCAGGGCAGCAGUGUGAGAGGGGCUGGGGCUUUCUACGGCCAGGAGCUCAGGACAGCCAAGUCUCUUGCACUUGUUCUCUUCCUGUUUGCCAUCUCCUGGCUGCCUCUGUGCAUCAUAAACUGCGUCUUCUAUUUUCACCCUGAGUCUCAGAUCCCCCCAUAUCUGAUAUACUUGGCAAUCCUCUUAUCCCAUGCCAAUUCUGCCAUGAACCCCAUUGUCUAUGCCUACAAGAUAAAGAAGUUCAAAACCACGUACCUUUUAAUUUUAAGGACCUAUAUCCUGUGCAAAAAACCAGACCCAGCUCCUACAGAGCAAACAACAGACCCACAGUCCUAAAUAAAGGCUGGACCUGCCAGUGGUACCAGACCAUUGCCAGGCCACCUGGCUUUGCUAAAGAACUCUUGGGGAACUGCAGCAGCCUGUGGAUCUGAAGCUGCUCUCAAGCUGUAUGUGAAUAUAUGUCUUUAUGUAAUAUAAUUUCUAAACACAGAAGACAGAAAUUUUGUCUAGUUGGGGGUUUAGGGUUUUUUUAACAGGAGGAUUGGUUGAGUUGAGUGAAAACCAGGAUGUGUUGUUUGCUGUUCAUAAUCCAGCAGCUCACAAUCUCACUGACUGUCCUCACACCAUUUGUCUUGUCUGUCCAUUCGGACUAAACUUGAGUCUGGCCAGCCUGUGCUUCAGCCAGUGUUGUUGUGCUCAUUACAUUUUCAUGACUCAUAAUAAAGAGUAGAUGGAUUUUACAGUAAUUUGGCCUGCUGAGUCCUCCCAUGACAACCAAAAACCUGCUCAGCUUCGGUCAAUGCCCUGCCUGGGGUGGCACAGGAGCUGCAGUCACUGUUCCACCACAGCUGGCACAGCCCAUGUUUAGGGAGCAUGGGUCAAACUGAAAAAAGGCUGUUAAAGGCCAGGCUCCUUUUCCUCCAUCUUUAACUAAUAAAAGUGGUCUUGAAGAAGCAGAAAAGGGAGUGCAUCAUUCUAUUCCUUGUCUUGGAGAGUGCUGGCAUCUGCUCCUCUAGUGGAGGUCAGGGAUCUCAUUUCUUAUCUGAGCUAACCCUUGUCCAAAGCUCUGCCCAGUUACACAGCUCAGCUCCAUCAAUAAACACGCCAAAGGAAGCCACUGCACAAGAAUAUCAGAACUUGCUGCAGGUUCUCCUUGACCCCAUUACUUCCA